AUGAGUUCCUCCUCCUCCUCAUCGCGUACCAGUAUCCGCCGCAACGUUUACGGGGUUCCCACACAUUGCUGGUGCGGAAACAACCUCAAAACAUUUGUCUCUUCAACAAAAGAAAACCCCUGUUGGCGGUUCUACAGAUGUGUAAUUGCUAAGCAGAGGGAAACAGAAGACCAUUUGUUUAAAUGGGAAGACGAGGCUCUACUUGACGAGAUUAGAAUGGUAGACGCAAAGCUUCUUGAUUUUCUUCACGAUGUGCAAACAAUCUCCAAGACUCUCAGGGACCAGCUAGCUGUCCAAGACACUGCUUUACUCGAGAUUAAACAAGACAUAGCAAGCAAAGUCCGAAUGAUUUCUGAGGAUACAAUGAUGUCCAUGUCUGCAGCUGAGUCACCAAACAUUAUCGAUACAACUGUCACAGACGCAUCUGCAAAUCUCGCCAACUCUCCACUACGCAACUUUGCUGCCGCUUGCGUUGUUUUAGGAUGUAAUGCAUUGUUAUCUUACAAACUCAAUUGA